GUGGGCUGAUAGUGGGAAGUACCCGUGCGCCGGUGUCUCCCUGGCUGCGCAAGACGCCAUUUUGGAGUGACAGUGAAAGAUAACGGAAAGAUCGAGAAGCUGUCUUUCUAAAGGUAAUAAUCCACACCAACGCGGUGUUUUUCCUCCUAAAAUAUCGAAUACUGUUGAGUUAACGUGUCUCCUCCGGGCUGACUCGGGUUUCUUCGGUUUAAAAGCUGACGUCACUGUGUUCGGUCGUUACUGUGACGCGGCAGUUAGCUAACGGUCAGCUUUUCGGCUACAGCAGCUCCGGUGACGGACGGAAGAAAAACCGUCACCGUUGGUGUGGUAAAUAUCGCACCGGAGCUCAACCGACUAUUCAAUCCUUUUCGACCGCGAUCGGUGUGUUGUUGUGUCGCGUAGAACUGUAAAAAUCUGUUAUUUUUCGACAGUAAACGCUCGCGGAAUCGUGUCGCCCGUUAGCAGCAGGCUAGCAGAGGAUAACGGGCUAGCUAGCUGAAGCAUCCGCCCUAAGUAAAGAUGACUGAAAUCUGCCCCGAGUGAGAGAAACCCCACUCCGAAACCUGGGCUUUUUUCACACCUAAAACGGUCUUUUUCCUCUUUACACGACGGGCGUUUUCACAGUCUAGUUUACAUACCGAUGGGGGUUAUUAGUGUUAGCUGUAUUAUCGGCCUUCAGUGUCUGAAACCUGAUCCCUGCAGUGAAAGCACCGGGGACAGAGCCUUCCAGCUGGAUCAGGCCUUCCUUAUCGGCUGAUCGGUUAGCCUUCCAGUUUAUCCGGGUUAACAUUGUUGCAGUGACUGGAUACACGGUUGUUAACUGCUUAAUAAGAUUUAAAAUUGAGAUAUAUCGGUUAAAUGAAUCGGGAUGAUGCCGAUCCUGAUGCUGGAAGUAAGCGUUGAUUGAUCUGAUGUUUUUUUUCUCUGUAUUUUAUUGAUACUGACUUAAAGCAGACGAUCUCUAUAGGGAAACAAAGAAUCUUAAUCUUUUAAACACCACUAAUUGAUGUAGCUAGGACCUUAAUUUUCCGAUCUUCGAGUGUUUCAGUUCUGGAAAUUAACCAAAUAAAUUUUGACUUGGCAGUUUCCCCUUAAAAAUAUCAUUUUAACUGCUUUGAAAGCAUCUGAAACUGCAACUCAAGCACAAACCCACGAGACGUGUUUAAUACUUAGUCCAAGAAAACUUUCUGUUCUAAUUGUCACAGUUAGUCUAAUUGUACAAAUCAUGACGAGAGAAUUUAGCUGAAAGUAUAAAUGAAAAAUUACAAAUAAAUAGGGCUAUUAUGAAGCUUUUGUGUUUUUAUUUCCGAAUGCAAAACAACUACAUCAAACUGACUUUCAUUCAGGGAUAAUAGUUGAAAAUAAUACUGGAAUAUAUUCCCUUUUUGAAAUACACUGUAAACUGAGAUAUAUAAGCAGGUACGUAUACCAGAUUAAUGCAAUUUGUUUGCUAAAUUUGUUAACAUAGAGGAAUUUUAGUGCUGCAUCUGUACUUAAUUUAUGUGUUUCUGAGAUUCUACUCUUGCUUUUAGACUGGACCCCCCCGGAUCAGUCUCCUGAAAUCAGCUUUUAUAAAUUUUGCUUUUGACUUCUAAAUCAUCACAAAUUUUUGGUAAUGUUUAAAUUUAAUCUGUGUCACUAACCCUGUGAUUGUAACUCCCCAAAGAACAAAACCCACCGACUAUCUCCGCAUACGACUUUCUCAACGAUACGUUGUACAUGCUCUAGGUUUAGAGACUAAGAGUAAAUUCUACGUAGAUUUGUUUGUGAUUUAUAGUGCCACAACAUUCAUGAGCAUUAGUACAAGCAGGAGUCGACUGUUUGAAAGUGUGUUUCCUUUAAUUGAGCCCUUGCUGGGGUUUCUGUGAUGAAAGCAGCCCUGCCUGUAUGUUUACAUUCUUCAGUCAUGUGACUCACAGAUCCAGACUCUGUGUGCACAGCGGACAGGUCUCUGUGUGUUCAUGUAUAGGACUUCAUUCAAGUGAUACCUGGCUGACUGGUUUUGUAAAUAGAUCAUUGAAAACCGAGUCUGUGAAAUAGCAUGACGCGUUUCAGGUCACAUGACUGAUGUCGAACAUCCUGCAGUAAGACGACUGCGUGGACACACGGUCUGUAAUUAACGUUUUAAUGAUGGGUAGCUGAAAAAAAUCCACCAGCAGUUAUGUUUUUGACCGCCCGGUAAAAUAACAAACGCAUUUUUGUCUCCCAUAUACAUCCAUUUGAGUGCAUUUCAGUGAGAUUGUAAGGUACGAUCUUUAAACUUAGAGGAGGCUCGGCUAAAUUUGAAGCAAAGUUACCUAAACUACCUAAAUCUUAAUCACUUUUAACCUGAACACAACUUGUGAAGUGAGAGAAAUAUCAGUGAGGGUUUAUAGGUCACAGAAAAUGUUGUGUAGCCUUGUGGCUUCAAAGAAGUCCAACACAGACCUGCUAAUAUCCACAGAUUUAUAAAUAUAGUGAAGCAAUCUAGUCGUCCAUGUAACUUUUCUGUAGUUACAUCUUAAUCAUAGUAUCUUGUUUUAUUGCUGUUGUGGCUGGCAGAGUGAUUAAAAUGAAUUUCCAUCCUCUCCUGCCCACAGGUUAAAGGUUGAAUACUUGUGACCAUUGUAAUUUCCAUUGUGUUUGCAUGUAUCAGCUUCACAGAGCUCUGUAUGCAGACUACAGAGGAGGAGGGGACUGAAGUUAUUUGUACACUAAAAUGUAGUUCAUCAUACUGGGGAAUAGUUUGUCCUUUUUAUGAGAUGACUACUGUGGUACAAACAUUUAAUGAGAAAAUCCACCUGCAUUUGUCAUGUGGUGGAUGUCAAUUUCAGACCCUUUGUGCAAGGGUUAAACAAUAUAUCGUCUAACCCCAACUUUCACAGAUAUGAGUCUUGUAUGAGUCUCUUUAGUUGCUUUACCACAAACUUGGUAAACUGACAUGUUCAAUUCUUACCCAGCGUAAGAAAAACUCACUUUUCGGAAAUGAAAAUACUCAAAUAUUGAUAUAAAAUACGCAAAUCGUGGAACAAAAGUGAAAAAGACCCUUAAAUUACAAGCUGUUAGAAUCAGUCACUAGCUUUUUUUCCAUCCAGACUGUUUUGUUUUUUUGGUGUCCAUUGAACUUCCUUACUUGCCAUCAUUGUAUUGAUGUGGCGUACAUGUUUAUUAUAGCUUCUAGUUUGAGAAAUGUCAAAUUAUUUUAAGAUAGAUGAACAUUUAUUUAUCAACAAGGCUAGUAUUGAUAUUUAGCCGAACUGUUUGAAGGAAGCUGUUCUCAAUAAUGGCUGACAUUAUCAAUGCUCUGGGUUGUCUGGUAGCAUGUAGCCAUAAAAGAGUAACCUAAAUGUUUAAUCAUUAGCUUUGCACAUGAACUGAAAACGGCUCUUUGUGGAAGGCAGCUGGUCUUUAUGGUGCAGUAUGUAUACUGAGGCAGUUUUAUAGAGAAAUGGGAACGAAAUUAAACAAAAAAUCAUGUCAGUAAAAUGGAUCACUCAGAUGAAUUCAGUUCUGUUCAAAGCAAAGAAAUGUCAACAUCAAGGUCAAACCGUAAAGACGGUGAAAAGGAGGCAAACAGUAAAAUGACAUUACAGCAGCCAAAAUGACCGUUCUUGUUAUUCUAGGCAGAACGGUCGUCAAAUUUAAUCAAACAACUGGACAUAAUUACAAUGAAAAAGGGUUAAUAUUAGAAAAAUCAUUUAAUUUAGUAAAUUUAUUCAGUUUAAUGAUUUAAAACUUUAAAACUCUGGCGGUGUAGUUAACUCAUUGACUUGUUGCUGGUCAUUUUUUCUGAUCUUUUCUCCGUCUCACUAAAAUAGAAACACUACAAACAUGACUCUGCUCACCCUCUUCCUCUCUCUCUACUUUUACAGCUUCGUCACCAUGGGGAAUGUAUUUGCAAGCUUAUUCAAGGGCCUGUUUGGCAAAAAAGAGAUGAGGAUCCUCAUGGUCGGGCUUGAUGCUGCUGGAAAAACUACCAUCCUAUAUAAACUGAAACUUGGAGAGAUAGUCACCACCAUUCCCACCAUUGGUACGAUUUCUGCCUUUUAAUCAUGACUUGUUCAUUUCCAAGUGUUUUUACCAAUUUUAAACUUGUGUCACAUGAAGAUGCAACAAUACUGAACAUGAGAUCGACGGUCUGUGAUUCCUCGCUUUAAAUAACAUGUUAUUUAGCUAAAGAAGAUGGUUUGGUAUAAGUUUAAGAACUAGUCUUGGUCGGGAUAAGUCGUGUCUGUGUUUAGUUGUAACACAAAGAUGUCAGACUCGAUCUAACUGCUGGAGUAAAACACUCAAAAUAACUUCACUGUUUCAAAAAUGAUUCAAAAAGCGUUGAUAGGUCGAUAAUUAUCCAUGGUGUCAAAUAACAACAGUGACAUCCAGUGGUGAAGCGGUCAACUACAUCAUAUGUAAAUAUAAUGGUACUCAGAUAAUGUGCACCUGUACGGUCAUUAUCUCCGCUGGUAGAGAACAAAAGUCAGACGUUUUUGUUUGCUGUGAUCUAUCCUAGAGAACACUAACACCCACACCUCACAGCAGAUCUAUCCUCUUUGUCUAGAACAACAGAUGUAACGCACACCUACACUGGAACGGUCUCAGCUGGUGAAAAAGUCGUUUCAUCUGAACUCCAUCCUAAAUUAAAAAUGAUGUUCGAACCAGAGCUUCAUACUCAGACAGGACAUGUGCAGCCAGUUUUAGUUUUCAGUGCUGAUGUUUGUUUACCACACAUCCUAAAUGUUACUCUGAGUAAAGGUUGAAAUAAACCGGAUCUGACUUCCACUUCCUAAAGGGCAAAAAUUCUUGAAAAUAUGACCAGAGUUGGCGUCAAGCUUUUGUGCAAUAUCCACAUUGCGUAAGUUACAGUUUCAUAAUAAUAAGUUAGUGUCGUAAACAGUGACAGUAAUAUUCCAUAUAAAAGUCUGACUGUCAUACUAAUCAUGAUCUCACGAUGAAAGAGAAGACGGACUCGGACACGUCUUAUCAUAUUUUAUAAUGUCAAACAGUAACUGCAGUGUUGAGAUCAUAACUCUGAGGAUGUAUCAAACAGCACUGUCGUUUUUAUCUGUUAAACUGUGAAAAUCAUUCCUUCCCAGUGUUGUUUGGAUUCUAUCAGCUCUGUGAAAACCUUCUAGAGUUUAAUGCAGUCAGAAAUCAAACAUAAUUAUGCUGUUAAAGAACAGUCACAGAGGUCAGACAUCUCACAGCACUUAACACUUCUACUCUUUUACCUGUUACUGAGUGUCCAGUCAGACUAAACUGUGCUGGACGUGUUUCUCUCUGAGGUUAACUCGUGUUCAGAUGGUGACUCAUCCAUGCUUCUCCUCCUCUGUCCAGGUUUUAACGUUGAAACUGUAGAAUACAAGAACAUCAGCUUCACAGUGUGGGACGUGGGCGGUCAGGACAAGAUCAGGCCGCUGUGGCGCCACUACUUCCAGAACACUCAAGGUGAGCUGAGCGGUGACGGCGAACAUUAACCGCCUUUAGGUGACUCCGCUGGUGCAUAACAGAUGAUCGCUAAAGCUCGUCAACCCAUGACUCACGCGCCAUUGUUCAUUCCUCAAAGGGUGCAUUGUGUGACUCCUCUAGUGUUUCCUGAAAUUGAAUUCAUCAGAAUAUGCGGAGGGGCUGCAGGGUGGCGUCGGGUGAUGUAACCUGCAGGUGUUUUCUCAGCUUUAAAAACGAGGUUUUAACCACAGAAGUCCACCUGGUUUUUUGUCUCUCCUCCUUUUCUUUCACGCGCCGGACACACGUCCAGCUUCAGCGAACAUCUCAGCCACAAACUGAGCAUCCAAGUGUGAAAUUGGAAAAGAGAGACUCCUAUUUGGCAGCGACUGUUAGAUACAGAAUCACUGACUAGAGGAGAAAAAGGCCCAGCUGUGUUCCAGAUAAGAAGCCUCUUAUUGCUUCAUUAGUGUCUCCUCCUCCUGAAUGUAAAUCUAUAUAUCUAUAUUUGGGAAUCUAGACUUAAUAACAAGAAAAUGUAACUGUUGUCUACCUCUAAUUAUCCUCAGUUUGGAGAUUAUAGAAAAUUUAAUGUCAAGUUAUAACCACAGGACUCUUACAUCAGGAGUGGAUUAUUCUGCCUUCCUGGGGUUGAAAGCUGUUUGGACAUGAUUGCUUGUUUUUUAUUUUUGUUUCUAUGAUGAGUAAAAACGUGACAAAGUUAAAAGGUUUCUAUUAUUAGGAUAAAGAUUUAGUGGUUUUAUUUAAAACUCUGUGGUUUUACCUCCAAAGUUAACUGGUGAAGCUCUGUGACCCACUGACCUACAGGUGACCUGUGGCUCAUCAGGCGGGAUGAGACACAACACAACAAAUAUGAGAUCAGACAAGUUUUUUUAUUUUCUAAUAAAUUGAAAGUGAGAUUUUAACUGUAUUAUUAACCAUCAGUGUUUAAACUUUAACUUUUUGUUUGGGUGAGAGACCUUUAAUGUAGAUUAUGAUCAAUAUGUUUGGUGUUUCAUCUCCACUUUUGAGGCCUCUUUGGAGUUGGGCUGCUCAGUUAUGUCAGAAAUCACAAUCACAGUUACUUUAAUAACAAUAUCACAAUUAUUAAAGUGAUUACCUGUGAUUUGAUGUCUUAAUCCCAAACAUUUAAGCAGCUUAAGAACUCUUUGUAGAGGAAACACGCACAGACACACACCUGCCUCCUCCUGAUAGGACAGGAAAAAAAACUAAAUGUCUGCUGAACAUUAAAACAGAGUAAAAACACUUUUGGAUUAACCCUUGAGCUCCCAGUAAGUUCGCAGUAAGAAGAGCGCUCUGUGCAGAUGUCAAGUCUUUCACCACACAAACUUCAGAAUCAGAAAUUAGACUUCAUAUAUAUUAAAAAAUCCUCAUGGCUCACUUGUUUCAGAAUCAAAAGCUACCCUACAACUUCUCUAACCUCACAGUUUGUGUCUCUUGUAUUUUGGACAACAGCGUUAAAAAAUGUAAAAAUUUCCCCUCCCAGUCACGGAUGUCGGAGCAGAUUUCAGAGACUGAACUCCUGCUGUGAUGCAGAUUUAAAACCUAAAGUUGGAUUUCAUCUGGAGCUCUGUCCGCUCUCUUUCACAGCGCUUUAUCAUUUGUCAUCAUGAGUCUCAAACUGCUUAAUUUUUAUCUCCAGCUUUAUUCACUGUGGUCAGACAUUAUGUUCGUGUUUUCUCUCAACCUGAGAACUUCUGCAUCUACAGGACAAAACGGACAAACUAGUAACAUUAAGUUUUUACAUUUAAUGAGAAAUUAACAAGCUGGAAAAUGAAGAGGAGAGCCGUUGUAACUGUGCUUCCUUUGGUAAAAAAAGGUCUAGAGUAUUGAUGAAACUAAUUGUGAUAAUGAUUUUUGCUAUACUCGAUCAGCCCUUGUGUCGUUUUUUUACGGCUCUAAAAAUCCAAAACGCUGAGGAGAGUCCAGGAAGGGCGUCUCUCAGAGCGUCCUCGCUAAAUAAUGAAGUCCAGUCAGUCUCUGUGAGCAGAUGACAGUCAAAACAAUAGUUAGGAAAUGGACGCCUCGUAAACCCAGCUCAUGUUUCAAACUCUGUCACUGCAGAUAAAGCGAACCAUCAGACACACUAAAGACCUCCAAAGACCAUCAGCGGCCUGUUUCUGCUCCAUGUUUGUCCUUUACUCAUCUUUCAACAGAGAAAUAACACCGACAAAGGAUUGGAGUCAUUAUCGAGCCUCAAUCAUCAGAAAAUUCAGAUGAAAACAGUAAACUAGAUCAAGAAAAUCCACCUUUGUCAUACAAUAAACACGGUCACUAUUAUUGUUCUACUUCUCAGGGAAACCUUCGUCACAUUUUUGAGUAGUUUUGUAGAUAAGCUGGAGUCUACACUAACCUGUGUCUCCAUGACUGAGCUGAGUUCUUCUUAACUCACAUCAAAACGUUGAAGUUAAUUUUGGAGGUGGAUUAAUGGAGACAUCUUUUCUGCGUUCACUCUUCACACACUCUGAAUUUAAAGUCGGAUGUCUGUCGGGUCAAAGAGACUGAAUUUAGCAGAGGGAACAGUUUGUACACUUUUAAUAAUUGAUCAAACAGAGUCACUGCUUUUGAUCCUCGGCUCUGAACUGAGAAGACACGUCCCUGUUUGGAGUUAAAACUGGUCCACAGCAUUACAGUGUGAGAUUGUUCGUUGGUGUUAACAGUGUUCUGUGUGUUUCUGUUUGCAGGGCUUAUCUUUGUAGUGGACAGCAACGACAGGGAGAGAGUGAACGAGGCCAGGGAGGAGCUGUCCAGAAUGCUCGCUGAGGACGAACUCAGAGACGCCGUGCUGCUCGUUUUCGCAAAUAAACAGGUGAGGCCCGGGUUAUCUCGACAACUGUCCGAACUCUGAUUUUACACCUCUGUUUUCACCUCAUCAGGAGACGUACGCUGGAGAGUCGAUGAAAACAAAAUGACAGAGUGUUCAUCUCUGUGCUCACCCAAAGUCAUGAACACUCGCAGAAAACACCAAUAGUGUGAGACAAAGAUCUCAAUAUGAAGAGGUUGUUCACACUGCUGGAUGUUUCUCCUCCAAAGCUGCUCUCUGCCUCCGUCGUUGUUGGAUCUGAUCGCUUUAUUCGCCUAUCAGAGGCAGACGGGUAUCAUGAUUUGAUUCGCCACAUCUCCAGAAAUUAUUGAAAAACUAUAAAAUGUUACAAAAUGAUGUAUCUGCGCUCCCGGCUUAAAGUUUAGAAAUGCGCAGCAGUGCCGCCGGCUUGGAAGGCUGAAAUGCGAACACGCUGUCCCGGUUUAAAUGGGCAGUUAAAAACAGACAGGACUCUGGAGUGGAAAUCACUGCAUAGGCCUCCCUAAAAUCAUCGUCUGUAAAUGCAAAAAUGGAGGUUAAAACUACAUGCAAAGAGGAAAUCAUAAACACUAGAGACCUCUGGAUCUGAGACUGUUCAGGACGGACCGAGAGGAAGUGAGAAACUGUCUCCUGGUCUGAAGAAUCUGAAGUAGACAUUCCUUUAGGAAAUUCUGGACAUUAAGUCCUCUGCUCUGAAAAAGGAAGGAAGGAAGGAAGCACUUGGCUAAUUCUCAGCUCUCAGUCGAGAGACAGCAUCCCUGAUAGUCAGGGGAUCACCAGAGUCCAUGUCAUGGGUAUCUUCUACAUCUACGAAGACUCCAUGAAUGCUGAUCAGUAUCUCCAGGUUUAGGAGCUUCAGGACUCUGUAGUUGGAGUCACCGCAUGGUCUUAAUAUCACUUGAGGUCUUAUGAAUCAAAAUCUAACUCUCUUUUAGUAAGGACAACUUGGGAUGUUUCCCCUUUCAACCAAGAACUAGAAAUCUUAGAUGCUGCAUCUUCAGUUUUAAACAAUAUCUACAGGUUUAGGAGCAACAUCUGCUGACAUCCAGACAACAGUUUCAGUCACAGAUGUCGGAUUAUUUUCAAACCAUCAAGUUCUGUUUUCAUCUUGCGGCGCUUUAGCUCUUCUGUAAUUGUUUCUGUUGGGAUAAAUUGGUCACCUGUCUGAUACCGAACCCACGCGAUGACCAACUUCUCCUCCUUCUCCUCCUCCCAGGAUCUCCCCAACGCCAUGAACGCUGCAGAGAUCACAGACAAGCUGGGCUUGCACGCCCUCCGUCAGCGCAGCUGGUACAUCCAGGCCACCUGCGCCACCAGCGGGGACGGCUUGUACGAGGGCCUGGACUGGCUCUCCAACCAGCUGAAGAACCAGAAAUGAUCCAUUCCACCAGUUUUGAUUUUUGUUUGUUGUUUAUUUUUUCUGUUUCAACACAACGGCAGCACCGGAUCCAGGCCCCCUCGCUCCCAUCUAACCCGAACCUCGACCCGAGCUCUUUCUUUCAAGAACUUCCUUCAUUCCCCGCCCCGCCCCCCAGCUUUCUCCCCUCGUCAGUACUCUUUGGGGCUCUAGCCUGUGCUGCUUGUGUGUGCGUGUGUGGGCGUGCAUGUGUGAGUGUGUGCGCGCGCGUGCGUGUGUGUGUAUUCCUUGUGUGUUCAGCGAGAGUGCGUGGGUGUGAAGGCGUCUCUGUGUAUGUUGGCUGGGAUUGGGAGUAACCCUGGCGUGCCUUUUACACACCUCCUGUGGAAUCAGCAGUCUGGUUUUCAAGCCCCUCUCUCCAUCCACCAAACUCAGCCUCUGCCCCACUCAGCCUGCCCCCUCCCCCCCACUCCAAGUCUUGCACGGCCUCCCCUUCUCCCCCACCCUUACUCUCCAGAGGAAGCAUGGUUUUCAUACGGCAAAGAAAGAGCAAGGGUGCAAGCUCUCCCCCGCUCCCUGUAGUGAAUAUCUGUGAUGACUAGAACCCUCCGCCUCAUGUAGAUGAAUGCUAAAUGUUCAUUUUGAUUUUGAUUUUCAAACCUCAAACCCACCAGUAAGAGAUUCAGUAAAAUUGCAUCUUAACCUGUAUCAGGUCGAAGCAAAUCAAAAAAAAAAAACGAGAAAAAGGACAAAAAAAAGCAACAACGCCCAUCCUUGAUCAUUCUGGUGUCAUCUGAAAAUCAUGCUGUUUGUUUUAUUAUUAUUAUUAUAUCAGACUAUAUCAGAUUAUUCCUAACGAUGGUUCUCCAGUGAACACUACCUUUGUCCCCCACUAAGCCAGAUCGUGAAGCACAAGGCAAGCCAACAAUCUUUAAAAAUCAGAUUAAAAAUUAAGAACCAACUCGAUCUUGAACUCCCUGGAUUAAAUUCGAAUCGCUCUAAAAAUCAGCGGCGGUGUUCCUGCUCUGAAAAAUCAAGGUGUUCGGGCAUUUCUCAGACUGAAGACGGUUAAAGCGACACAGGUGUCCUGAUACAUACACGAGCUUCACAUCUUAUUCCUUGAAGAGAUGUUACAUGUGUGUUUUUUUUUCUGUAACUAGUUUUAGCAUUUCUAUUUGUACUUUGAUGAACCAAAUGCAUCCGAGCAGUACGACAAAUCCUAAAGAGUAGUGUAUCCUCCAGGGCCUGUUUUUGAUUUGACAGAGCGUUUUUUUUUAUUUCUCAGUUUUUACUCGGAAAGCAUCCAGCUGUUAAAUCUUUCCUGGUCGGGAUGAAGGAUUGGCACCAAAUCUGAAAAAAUGAAGGCUCUUUAACUGUGAACGGUGAGGAAAGCUAGUUCUAAUAUCUGGGUGCGUAGAGGCUUCUACUUCUCAUUGCAGCCCCGCAUACUUCAUGACUGAAAGACCAACCACACAAGCACUCGCUCUGUUUUAGUAGCACGACGGCGAGCUGAAGGACUCGGUGGUAGACCUGUUUUGGGGGGAAAAAGGGUGUGCAGUUAACUGGUCACGUGAUUCAGCAGGCGUUCUCCGUGUGGAACCGUGGGGGUAAAGCUGGCACUUCUGUCAAGACUGAUUGUAAAUCUGUAAGUUCCCCUGUAAACUGUUUCUGUGGGGAUUUCCUGAACACAUUAAUAAACAUGAUUUGAUCCAACAGUUUACGCUCACUGACUUUU